CCCGAGCGCAGCGAAAUUUGUCGUGCAAAUAAUGCGCCUUCUAUGUAUGUAUUGCAAAGCGUAACUUCAUGAAAACGCAAGCCCUAUGCCAGAGCGGGGUAAACGCACAAGCGCAGCCUUUGCAUUAGAGCUCCAGCGCAACAUACAAUAUAUCACAAAUUGUAUCGAUAAUCAAGGCUCCCGGCACGGAAGGACGCAAGACGGAGGAAUCGAUGCGUUGGAGGAUCCCGGAAAUUGCGCGCGAAAGCGCGAGGCGCAAAAGGUUGGCGCUAUCUGUUUUAGUUUCCCCGUAAUGACGAAUGCCGCGUUCUGUAUUCCGCUCGCACAUCACCCGGCACAUCGGCGGCGUGCUCGCACUCUUCGAACGGCUGGAGGCAGCGCACCGUCGCGCCCCCGCCCCCGCCGCAGCCGCCGGCCCCGCCGCGGCCAUGGGGCCGCCCGCUGCAGCCGGCGCUGGUGGUCUGGUGGCGUCGGGCGGCAUCAGCGGUGCGCUGGCGGCGGUGGAGGGCACGGCGUUGGUGACACUGGCGGACGCGUUCAAGUACGACGGCGUGCUGGCCAAGGAGCUGAUAAAGCUGGUGGAGUGCUCUCCCUCCGCACCCAGCCGCUUCUGCCUGCUGCUGCUGUUCACGCUGUCGCAGCAGCACAAGCAGGAGGGGCCCGUGCGGAACCUGCUCAAGCACCUGGUGUCGGCGGGGUUCCAGUGGGACGCCACGCGGGCCGCCAGCGCCUGGCUCAGCAGCCUGCCCGCACUGCCGCGACCGGGCGGGCAGCAGCUGCGGGCGGCGCUGCUGGCGGCAGUCAGGUGCGGCAGCGGGGAUGAUAGCGACCCGGUGCUGUGGCGCAAUGUGCCCGCUUGCGUGCCAGCGGUGGGCUGAUGGUAGGUGGUGCUGCGUAGUUUGGGCGUGUGCUUGGCAGGCGCAGUGGCAGAUGUUGCAGGGCAGGGCAAUGGGCCGGAGUGUGGUAGUGGGCGGCUGUGAAAGCCGAUGUUUAGGCACAGGGUUGCGUAUGGCUGUGUGCACAUUAUUUGACAUGGUCAGGUUGCGACAUGUCGACAUGUGAAAUGCGACAUACAACAUUGCGACAUACCAAGACUCGCCCACAUUUGCAUAGCUACGCGUCCUGGAGCCCAUUUAAGUAACAUCUCCCAGCUUUGCGGCGGUGUAUUGCGCUAGCGUAGCCACAAGCUCCUCCCACUGGCCGCACCCUACGCCACGCCACCACCACCGUGGCAACCGAGACACGUUUUAUUUGUUGUGUGCCACGGCGUUCCACGCUUACCAGAGGCAUAUUGAAUGCAUGCACAAUAUGUUUGGCGGGUUUGGAUGCGUUUGGGCGGUAUGUGCAUUAUGUCGCAAUGUCGUAUGUCGCAAUACACAUAUCCACAUGUCGCAUCCUGACCAUGUCAAAUAACUUGCAAGCUGCUAUAGUUCGUAGUACGCGUACUAUGUACUACGUACUGUACUACGUACUGUACGCUGCCCUCGUCGGCUAGUACGUUGAUAAAAUGCGUUGUGCUGGGGAAACCAGCGGGGUGGGCCGUGGCAGCGCUGUGGCGGGCGAGGGGCGCGAGGGGUGCUGGAAAGGAUGUCCGUCGAAGUUCGCGAACCAUGGAUGCUCUCCGCACUGCAGCUGUGUUUACUCAUAAAAAUAUGAGUAUAAUUAGUUGAAGGAAAUUCCGCUAGAAGACUAUGGCCGCGCAAAUCCAAAAUCACACCGAUUCGGGCAUGGUGCGGGCACGCGUGUCGUGUGUGCACCGGCUUCCCCCUCCGGAUUUCGUGGCCCAGCGUAUUAUGCACCGUAUUUUAACGUACUGUACUAUAAAUCCUAGUACGCUUUAUUAAUACGCGUAUUAUGGAGAGAGGGUCGCGUACUAUGCAACCCUGUUUACGCACGCACGAAGUGUAGAGGGCCCUGUCGUUGAUGGCCAGACGUCGCCCAGAGGGCAAAACCUUCUCCCUUCGUGUACGCGGGGUCUCGCAGGCGUGGGGAGGUCUCACCAUGUCCUAAACUGCGCAUUUAGCGAAUGAGCCGCGGAUUGGUCUGGAGGUGGUGGGGUGGGCAGGAUCGAUACCCGGCUGCCUGCCUCCCCUGACCCACGCCUGCUGGGCCUGUAUUGUAACCCAUCGGCCGA